GAUCAUGUGUUUCUGAGGGUCACUCCUAUGACGGGUGUGGGACGUGCAUUGAAGUCUAAGAAGUUGACUCCAAAGUUCAUCGGUCCGUAUCAGAUUUCAGAGAGGGUUGGAACAGUGGCAUAUAGACUUGGUUUGCCACCACAUCUUUCGAACAUGCAUGAUGUGUUUCAUGUGUCGCAGCUUCGGAAGUAUGUAGCGGAUCCUUCUCAUGUUAUUCCGAGAGAUGACGUGCAAGUUAGAGACAACCUUACGGUGGAGACUUUACCGGUGAGGAUUGACGAUCGGAAAGUGAAGACGUUGAGGGGCAAGGAAAUACCCCUUGUGAGAGUCGUUUGGGACGGGGCGACUGGUGAAAGCUUGACUUGGGAGCUGGAAAGUAAGAUGCGGGAUUCAUACCCUGAGUUGUUUGUUUGA